AUGUACCGAGGCCUACUGCCUAACAACACCAUGUACCGAGGCCUACUGCCUAACAACACCAUGUACCGAGGCCUACUGCCUAACAACACCAUGUACCGAGGCCUACUGCCUAACAACACCAUGUACCGAGGCCUACUGCCUAACAACACCAUGUACCGAGGCCUACUGCCUAACAACACCAUGUACCGAGGCCUACUGCCUAACAACACCAUAUACCGAGGCCUACUGCCUAACAACACCAUAUACCGAGGCCUACUGCCUAACAACACCAUGUACCGAGGCCUACUGCCUAACAACACCAUGUACCGAGGCCUACUGCCUAACAACACCAUGUACCGAGGCCUACUGCCUAACACAGACUAG